AUGUCACUGAACCGGAACAUCCAGAACAAAAGUGGCAUGACAGCCCUCGAUGCUUUGCGAGCCAAUGGACCACGUCACAUGAACAGAGAUACGGAGAAACUUAUACAAAAUGCUGGUGGUAAGAGCGGGAAUUCUCUUUCCAAAGUUAAGAAAACGUCUGUCUUUCUGAGAAAAUCGAUCACUUUCUCGGAAUAUUGUUUCACGAGAAUAGCACGUUAUAGGAGUGGCAUGUCAGACGGAACACGUAACACUCUUCUGGUAAUUGCAGCUCUGAUAAUUGCAGCUACUUAUCAAAUCGCGCUCCAGCCAAUUGAUAAAGAGAAAUACCUAAAUCUAUCUGUGAUGGAAAUCAUAGUAGAUUUCGUCGUACUAUGGGGACUUAAUACUAUAGCCUUUCUCUUGGCUAUUGCCACGACGUUUGUACUCUUACCCGUUGGUAGAUCAUAUACUUGGUGGUUUAUCUUCAUCUCAGGGCCUCUCGUCUGCGGUGUACCUGAAGUUUCACUUCCUAGUCCCAGUGAUAAUCUUACUCAUGCUUGUGGUGGUUGUAUUCGGAAUCCUCAUUUUUCUACUUGUACUCUACGUGAGGUGGAAGCGUACUGCGCAGAAGAAAACACCAAAACUCAGAAGCGAUCUGAUUUCCGAAGUCUUAAACGCCAUCGUUUGAUGCGUUUGUAG